AUGUCGGCUCAGAGUAUUUCAGAGGUUUACUCUGAUGUCUGCGCUCAACAUCAGAUUAAAAUAAACCCGCACGUCUCAGAAGUUUUACAGAAGACGAAAAUAACCAAGAACGUCACUUUAAAACUAUCAGGGAGCGACAGACUGAGACACAUCCAGAGACUCAAUGAUGACGAUGUUCUCGCUCUCACUAAAUCUCUGAGAGACAACACGAGUGUGACAGGACUUGAUUUGAGAUACAAUAACAUAACAGAUGAGGGCGCCACACACCUGGCUGACCUCUUACAGGAAGGAAACUCAGCUCUGAACUCUCUGGAUCUGACGUUUAACGACAUCAUGACAGACGGAGCUGAAGUCCUCGCCAAGAGCCUCCAGGGAAACAGCAGCUUGUUGUCUCUCAGGCUUUCUGGUAAUAAGAUCGGGAACAAGGGAGCGAUGCACCUGGCCAGCAUGCUGCAGGUUAAUAACACACUGCAGGAGCUGCAGCUGGCCGACUGUGACCUGGCCACUCAGAGUGUGAUAGCGCUCAUCAUCGUGAUGAAGAGCAACGAGAGUCUUCGCUCUGUCGAUAUCAGCCGACCGCUGCUGUUUAGUCACCAGGAGGAGUGGGCGGUGCACCUGUCUGAGACGCUGGUGAUGAACAGCAGCUUGGUGGAGCUCCACCUGGGGAAGAUGGGGCUGACGGACACCGGCAUGGAGAGACUGACUGAAGGCCUGCAGCUGAACCACAGCCUGCGUUAUCUGGACCUGCGCUGUAACCGGGUCACUCGGGACGGCGCGCGCCAUCUUGCCGAGGUGCUGAAGAAGAACCCGACUCUGGAGAUCAUCGAUCUGUCGGCCAAUCGCAUCGAGGAUGAAGGAGCCGCGUAUCUGAGUGAGGCUGUGAGGUCACCAGGCUGCGUCCUCAGAGAGCUUUCUGUCUGCAGCAACAACAUCAGGACGGAGGGUCUGCUGUGUUUGGCUCAGGCUCUGAAAGCUAACAACACACCUCUAACACACAUUUACAUCUGGGGAAACCAUCUGGAGGAGCCGGUGUGCCAGGCCUUUAAACAGCUGAUCUCCAGCGGCCGCCUGCUGCCGGAGCAGACGGACGUCAGCGCGUACGAGGUGGACGGUCACGUGUUUCUGGCCGAAGUCUUCAACAGUCUGAGGAGAAACUUUAACAGCUCAGAGAAACGCAGCGACUCUCUCAACACUGUAAUGAUCCACGUGGACCGCCAUGACGCCUCCUCUCCUCCUCACAUCCUGCAGCCGCUCGCUCCUUUGCAGGCCUGCUAG